AUGGGAUGUAGCUGGUAUGCGGAUCUGGAAGUCCAUAUUGCGUGGCAAGUUGAGUCUUCAGACCACUACCUUCUGUCUCUUCAAAAUUAUGAAAGUAGAAUGGGAGAAGGGCUUGCGCUUGAUGAUUUUACGUUGAAGUUUUGCAUUGCUGAAUUUCCGGUGAUUCACCAUAUCAAGUUAUUGGGUUUCUUGAGACCAGAAAGAGCAUUAGAUUGA